CCCGCCGCGGAGCCGCCGGAGCCGCCUGGGCCGCGCCGGAGGAGGGCGGGGAAGAGGACCAUGUGAAUGUGCUCCGGAGCCGAGGGCCACGCCACGCAGUGUUUGAAAGGAACAGGAUGCUGAUCUAGUCGUGGCAAAAAGUCAGUCCGACCGCUGGUUUAGAAGACAUGUGGUGUAUAUAAAGUCUGUGAUAGUUGGUGGAAAUUUGGGAACUUGGAUAAUGGGCUGUGUGCAAUGUAAGGACAAAGAAGCAGCGAAACUGACGGAGGAGAGGGACGGCAGCCUGAACCAGAGCUCUGGGUACCGCUAUGGCACAGACCCCACCCCUCAGCAUUACCCCAGCUUCGGCGUGACCUCCAUCCCCAACUACAACAACUUCCACGCAGCCGGGGGCCAGGGACUCACCGUCUUUGGGGGCGUGAACUCCUCCUCUCACACUGGGACCCUGCGCACGAGAGGAGGGACAGGAGUGACACUAUUCGUGGCACUUUACGACUAUGAAGCACGGACAGAAGAUGACCUGAGUUUUCACAAAGGAGAAAAAUUUCAAAUAUUGAACAGCUCGGAAGGCGACUGGUGGGAAGCCCGCUCCUUGACAACUGGGGAAACUGGUUACAUUCCUAGCAAUUACGUGGCUCCAGUUGACUCCAUCCAGGCAGAAGAGUGGUACUUUGGAAAACUUGGCCGCAAAGAUGCUGAGAGACAGCUCCUGUCCUUUGGAAACCCAAGAGGUACCUUUCUCAUCCGCGAGAGCGAAACCACCAAAGGUGCCUACUCACUUUCCAUCCGCGACUGGGAUGAUAUGAAAGGAGACCACGUCAAACAUUAUAAAAUCCGCAAGCUCGACAAUGGCGGGUACUAUAUCACAACGCGGGCCCAGUUUGAAACGCUCCAGCAGCUUGUACAGCAUUACUCAGAGAGAGCCGCAGGUCUCUGCUGCCGCCUAGUAGUUCCCUGUCACAAAGGGAUGCCAAGGCUUACCGAUCUGUCUGUCAAAACCAAAGAUGUCUGGGAAAUCCCACGAGAAUCCCUGCAGUUGAUCAAGAGACUGGGAAAUGGGCAGUUUGGGGAAGUAUGGAUGGGUACCUGGAAUGGAAACACAAAAGUAGCCAUAAAGACUCUUAAGCCGGGCACCAUGUCUCCGGAGUCCUUCCUGGAGGAGGCGCAGAUCAUGAAGAAGCUGAAGCAUGACAAACUGGUGCAGCUCUACGCGGUCGUGUCCGAAGAGCCCAUCUACAUCGUCACGGAGUACAUGAGCAAAGGAAGUUUGCUUGACUUCUUAAAGGAUGGUGAGGGAAGAGCUCUGAAAUUGCCAAACCUUGUGGACAUGGCGGCACAGGUUGCCGCAGGAAUGGCUUACAUCGAACGCAUGAAUUAUAUCCAUAGAGAUCUGCGAUCGGCAAACAUUCUAGUGGGCAAUGGACUGAUCUGCAAGAUUGCUGACUUUGGAUUGGCUCGGUUGAUUGAAGACAAUGAAUACACAGCGAGACAAGGUGCGAAGUUCCCCAUCAAGUGGACAGCCCCGGAAGCGGCCCUGUACGGAAGGUUUACCAUCAAGUCCGACGUGUGGUCCUUUGGGAUCUUACUCACAGAGCUGGUCACCAAAGGAAGGGUACCAUACCCAGGCAUGAACAACCGGGAGGUGCUGGAGCAGGUGGAGAGAGGCUAUCGGAUGCCCUGCCCACAGGACUGCCCGAUCUCCCUGCACGAGCUCAUGAUCCACUGCUGGAAAAAGGAUCCGGAAGAGCGCCCCACCUUCGAGUACUUGCAGGGCUUCCUGGAGGACUACUUUACCGCCACAGAGCCCCAGUAUCAGCCUGGCGAGAACCUGUGAGCGCCUGCGCUGCGCUUCUUCGCAGGCCUCGGCCCGAGGCCGCCCCACCCCCUCCCCAUUAGCUUCCGGUUCCGUAGCCAGCUGCCCCAGAGCAGCGAGCCGUCCAGGAUCAGAUUGCAUGUGACUCUGAAGCUGAACUUCCAGGCCCUCAUUAAUGACACUUGUCCCCCAGUCCGAACCUCCUCUGUGAACCAUCCGAGACAGACGCGUGUUGUUUCUCAGACUUGGAAAUGCAUUGUAUCGAUGUUAUGUCAAAGGCCAAACCUCUGUUCAGUGUAAAUAGCUGCUCCUGUGCCAACAAUCCCAGUGCUUUCCUUUUUUUAAAAGAAAAAAAAAAAAAGCAAAUCCUAUGUGAUUUUAACUCUGUCUUCACCUGAUUCAACUAAAAAAGAAAGUAUUAUUUUCCAAAAGUGGCCUCUUUGUCUAAAACAAUAAAAUUUUUUUUCAUGUUUUAACAAAAAAAAAUGAUCAGGACAGGUGUUUGGGGUUUUUUUUUU